CUUAAAGUUAAAAGGCACAUUCUUCCUCAAAGCACUUUUCCUGAAAACCUCUGUCUGUUCUUCAUUCUCCUCACUCAAAUCUCGUUUUUUUUUCUUGAUGAGAGAUAGGGAUUAUGUUUGCAGCGAAGCCCUCUUCAAUUCUAAUCCAACAAAUUUUUCAUUCGAGUUUUCGAUAUUUGUAGGUUGAGGUAGAGUUUUCGUGUGUUUGAAGGAAGUUUGGGGCUUUUUGAGUUGUUGGAUUGUUUUCUAAGAGAGAUAGGGAUUACGUUUGCCGCGAAGUCCUCUUCAAUUCUAAUCCAACAAAUUUUUAAUUUGAGUUGAGGUAGAGUGUUCGUGUGUUCUAAGGCAGUUUGGGGCUUUUCGAGUUGUUGGAUUGUUUUCUAAGGUUGAGGUAGAGUGUUCGUGUGUUCGAAGGCAAUUUGGGGCUUUUCGAGUUGUUGGAUUGUUUUCUAAGAGAGACAGGGGAAAAUGGAAGAAGUUAAGAUUACAGGGAACCUAAUAGAAGAAAAAAUAUGGUCAAAGAUACCCAUUUUGGUUAAGCCUGUUCCUCUAAGACCUCAACCAUGGAGAAAACCCUCCAAGCCACUCCAAAAGCUUCCAACCAUUCCAGAAAAUGAUCAAAUUCUUACAGAGGGAAACCUUAAUGGAGACCACAACAAUUUCAAUGAACUCCAACCAAACAUUGAGCAAGAAAUGAGAAAUAAGUUUAAAAGAAUCGUCUCAAACAGAUAUGCUGCACGAAGAUCGAGAUUGAAGAAACUUGCAUACGUUGAGGAGUUGGAAAACGAAUUGAAAUCAUGCGAGAGGAAGAGAGAAGUUCUCCAUGGAGAAAUUGCAGAGCAACGAAAGAAGCAUCUGUCGUUGGAAAUUGAGAACCAUACAUUGAAAUUUCAUCUGGCUGCUCGUGAAAAGCAAAGAAUUCUUCAAGAAGUUGAGAUUGAAAAGAACAGAGCAGAAGUUGGUAGAAUGAUGGAAGUGCAAAGGAGAAUGGUUAAUUUGAGAUCGUUGCAGCUUAUGACCAAUUCCAACUUUAACCCUUCAGCCUUCAUCUGAUUCAAUCGCGGAAACUCAGAUUACUGCAGAAUGUCUUUUCUUAAUCUGUUUUAGAAAUUGGAACAGUUACUGUUUUUUUAAAAAGAUUAUCUUUUGAUUAACGACUUUUGGAGUCCUUUGUUACUAAAUUAUUAUUAUUAUUACUAUUUUUAUUUGAUAGACAUGAUGGAAAUGUAAUGCUUUCUUCUUUGGUGGAUAGUGAGAUACUUGAACUUGUCCAAAAGAAAGAAAGCCUAAAUAAAAGCCAUUUAUUUUGGCCCAACAAAGUUUGCAUGGC